GUCAUUUCCCGGCUGUGAUUCUUAGAACACUAGAAAACCAUGAAGCAUUCCCAAGCUUCACUACGAAACUUAAAUCCUCGACCUCACGCACAGGCCAGUCAGCUAAAUAUAGCACACUUUCCCAAGUCAUACACACAGAAGUCCUUAUUUGCGUGUCGCGCUGCUCAACACGCCAAUCUUCCCUGAUAGCAUUCCACGAUCAAAGACAAAUCAUUGAUAGUAAUCAUUAUAAUAUCAAAGUGACAAAUGGGCGCAGCAUUAUCUUGGGCUAGAGAGGUUGUACCUCCCAAAUCUAAAUUCUCUGUCAAUAACAUACCGGAUCUGGCUGGGGAGGUAAUCAUUGUCACUGGCGCUAACACGGGAAUCGGAAAAGAGACCGCCUUGGCUCUUUUAUCACACAAUGCAAAAGUCUAUAUCGCAGCCAGAAACCAGCCUCAAUCGGAGGAAACUAUCCGUGAAUUGAAGGACAAGACAGGAAACGAGGCAAUCUUCCUCAAGCUCGAUCUCGCCAAUCUCAAAUCUGUCAAAGUGGCCGCUGAGGAGUUUCUCAGCAAAGAGACGCAGCUCCAUGUUCUCAUUAAUAACGCUGGCGUGAUGUUCCCUCCAAAGGACCUCUUAACCACGGAUGGCUACGAUCUUCAAUUUGGUACCAACGUUCUUGGCCAUCAUUACUUCACGAAACUUCUCCUCCCAACCCUAAUCUCAACAGCCCAAACCUCCCCAGACGGCAAAGCACGCGUGGUCACCGUCGCCUCAUCUGCGCAUCUCUUCGGUAGCCUCGAUUUUGCCACAUUCAAAGAUGGACCAGUUCGGAAGAAAAUGAGCCCCCAGUCAUUAUAUGGUCAAAGCAAAUACGGAAACAUUGUUUCUGCUCUAGAACUCGCAAAGCGCUAUGGUAACCAAGGCAUCGUGUCUAUUGCCUUGAACCCAGGAAACAUCCGUUCCGACCUCCAACGGUACGUACCAGAUUUUGCUCGAAAAAUAAUGAAUGCGGUACUCUUGUUUGACACCCCACAAGGCGCUCUCACGCAAUUAUAUGCGGGGACUGCACCUGAGGCCGCCGGACUCAACGGCAAGUACCUUGUCCCCUGGGCACGACCUGGGAUCCCUCGGCAGGGUACACAGGACCCGAAGCUCGGCCAGGCACUGUGGGAGUGGUUGGAAAUGCAGGUCAAAGACGUGUGAAUCACGUUGCUAUAGGACAGUUGCUGUAUUUCCUUCACUUUAUGCCAUGCAACUUUCCGAAUCCUGAACUUAAAUCUGUCAUCACUACUGUAUUUCCCCUGUUUAAACCAUUCGUUCGAUGCUACUU